CGCAUGCGCAGUCGGAGGAGUAGGCGAGGAGGCGGCGGCGGCGGCGGCGGCGAGGCGCUCGCUGCUGGUGGGCCGGCGAAGGCGGCAGGUAAGGCGGGUGAGGGAAGAAGAGUCUCCCCGGGAGGAGAGGCGCGCGCGCGUGCGUCCCCUGCGGCCUUUUCCAUCUCUCCCUUUCCCUUCGGAAGCGGGCUCGUUCUACGGCCUCGGCUCCUCUUUCGCGGCCGCGCUUCCUCAGCCGCCUCUCGGCUGCUGCUCGUCCUCGGCUGGGCGCCUUUGGCCGCUCACCUCGGACGCCGGCGGAGGAAGGAGGCUCCCCGGCUCUUCUCUUCCGAAAGGCAAGGCGAGCGAGGGAGCCCGCGCGCAACGCAACACGCGCAGCCCUCGCACGGUUCGAAACCGAGCGUUGCUCCAGGCGCAUUUAGCGACCGGAAACGCCAGCAGUUUCUGAGCUCUGGGUGCAGCAGCCCUGCGCCUGAGAUUUCUGGUGAAACCCGCAGAGUGGAAGGAAAGGAGGACCCUUUUCUGCCUCCCCGCUUCCAGCUACUCUCCGAAGACUGGAGAAGAGCCCCGCUUCUCCUCUAAUCCAAGAGAUGAUGAUGAUGAUCAUUACUUUUGUAUACUGCCCUGUGCGCAGGGCAGUGCGCGAGGAAAAGAGCACAAUAUGAAAACACAAAAUGCAUAAGAAAAAUACCCCCCCAUCACACUUUAAAAGGGCAUUGAAUGUCAAUCAGCCAAAGGCCUGGUUAAAAAGGAACAUUUUUGCUUGGUGCCUAAAGGUGUACAGUGGUACCUCGGGUUACAGAAGCAUCAUGUUACAGAUGUUUCAGGUUACAGACUCCACUAACCCAGAAAUAGUACCUCGAGUUAAGAACUUUGAUUUAGAACAAGAACAGAAAUCGCGUGGCGGCGGCAGCGGGAGGCCCCAUUAGCUAAAGUGGUGCUUCAGGUUAAGAACAGACCGCCGGAACGAAUUAAGUUCUUAACCCGAGGUACCACUGUAUAAUGAAGGUGCCAGCCAACUCUUCCUAGGGAGAGCUUUCCACAAACAGGGAGACAUUGUAGAUAGCACAGUGGGAACUUUUUCGCCCUCUUCCCCCACUCCUGCAGGCAGUUUCGAAAUUCCCAUUGUUCUAGUGGCAUUUUGCAACAGCGAAUUUCAUUAGUGCGAGCAGUUUCUGAGCUCUGGGUGCAGCCCUGCGCCUGAGAUUUCUGAUGAAAACCACAGAGUGGAAGGAAAGGACCUUUUUCUGCCUCCUUGCUUCUAGCUACUCUCCAAAGACUGGAGAAGAGACCCUCUGAAGAAUAUUAGGGGGGUGGGCAGGGGAAGGACUAGACCAUGUGAAAAAUGAACGUAAUAUUUUAGCUGCAGUUCGUUCGUUUUCAGCUUUGUAUGCUUGUUAUUAAAAAAGUGUGCCUAGACAUUCCAUUGUUGUGCCCAUAACCUUGGUUUAUAAGGUGCCGUUUAGCUCCCAGCUUUCGUAUCUCCAUUUCUAACACUGAUGCCUUCACAUUUAUAUGUUAUUCAGGGAGAGCUUAGUAGCAAAAGGAAGCUUUCAGCUGAAUACAGAAACACUGAGUCAAGAGCUGAAAGGAGCCAAUAUAUAACACACAUUGCGCGGUGGUUACAGUGUUGGAUUAGGAUAGGGUUUCCCUAUGCCAUUUAGCUCCUAGCUUUCAUAUCUCAGUUUCCAACAAUGACCCCUUGCUUUGAGUCUUGCCUCUGCCCUGAACUUCCUAGGUUGCUACUCAUGUCUUUCUCUCAGCCUCAGUCUACCCAUCUGCAAAAUGGGGUGUGCAUGCGGUGAUACUGGCUGACUUUAGGCACUUGAGCCAACUCCUAGGGGCUGAGAUCCCUUUGACCGCCCCCAAUAAAAUAUUUGAGGAGGCUGGCUCCCCUCCCAAAGUUGGUAGGCGUUGCCAUUCCAGUGGUGUACAUGGACCACAUCAUGUGAUCUGUUAUGUGGGGCUGAGGUUAGCUGGGCACCCCCAAUAUUUUAUUCAAGUUGGCACCCCUGUGCUUGAUGGAAGGGUCGCCGCUGCAUAACGCAUGUGAAGCUCUUUGCGUGCUUGAAAACAUUUUAUUUUGCGUGAUGUUAAUCCCAUAUAUGCCCCCUUCCAACUCUGCGGUGCAGUGAUUCUAUGCGCUUGUAGGUGUCCUGAGAAGUUCAAGCUGCAUGGGUUAAAUCAGCAUCCCAGAGCAUAUACAGAGUGUGGUUCCCAUGGUCACUGAGUAGCCCCAGUCAGCUGCCAUGUACCUGGAGCUGGGGAAGUCUGAAGUCCCACCUCCUCCAGGAACUUUGAACACUGACACUUCUUCCGAGAAAUUAAAUAUUGCUUAACACAUAUUAAUCCUCUUGUACUCUUGUCAGUCUGAGUGAUAACAGGGUACAUUCUCCCUCCCCGCCUUGUGUAUUAUGGGUGCAUAAAGCUGAGCAUGACUACAUUCGUUUGUCUCUUAUCCACGUCACCACCAGAGUGGUGAAAGUCUGCAUUCUCAAUUCAUUAUCAGUGAAGUGGGGAUUGGUUUUCUAGAUAAAAUUUAAUAGGAGGUUACAGUGACAACUUCUAUGCACGUUAAAGCUACAGCUAAGUCUCCUUGAAAACUUUUUCUGCCUCUUCCUCUUAGGCUAUGUCCUUUCCUUUUUAUCUGCCUAGAUUCUGCAGAACCAAUAUUUGUUGGUUUCUUGCCCUGAUCUCUCCUUCUCUGCAGCCUUGGAGCAUUCCUUGUAUUUCAAGGAAGGGGCAGCGUUCCCAAAAGGCAUACGCAGCAAAGCCUACUGGAGAAUUUCCCCUUCACACCACUUUUGCGUUAUUAACAUUUACAGACCCAUCAAAGUAGAGAUUACUCUGCUUCUGUACUGGGUGGGAGGCGUCAGGAUGACCUGUUUCUUGAGUCAUGAUUGUGAUUUCCUUGUGCAAAGUUUGCAGGGAGGUUAGAUGAUGUUAGCCCAUUGCUGAUCAUUUGUUCUGAUUUGUUUGCCCUGCCGCAUGAGGCAGUUGUUAUCCCACACUUGCCAGUGCAUUUUCCUGUCACUUAUUGCAAAAAGCCCAUGGUGUGGGUGUGGGUUUGCUGUAGUUUAAUUGUGCAACCCAAAUGUGCAGUUGAAUCCCACUUGCAAAACAGAGCUCCUUGGCAGUGGUUUUCAACCCUUGUGCCGUGGAACCCUGGGGAGCCUUGAAUGAUAGUCAGGGGUGCAGCGGGCACCACUGGCCUCUGUCCCUCUUUCCUUCCCUCCAUCUUCUGAUGCCCUCUUGCGUCUCUGCCUCCCAAAGGCUUGCACAGCUGUUUGUUGCAGCAGUCCUGGCUGCAAGCUCCCCAGGGGAAUGGUACCUCUGGCGCUGGCCAAGGGAUGCUUCCCAGGCCCCUGUGGGGCAGUGUGAGGAGGCACCUCUCUUUGGGGCGGGGGUGGGGAGUUCAGACACACAAUUAGCUGACAAAACCCAAAACCUUGUCAGAAAGGAGCAUGCACAACGGCUAUGAAUUUGGAGGCACUACAUAUAUUUAGAGUAGUUCUUAAGGCAGUUUGAUGGAGCCUCUGACUGCAAAGAGUUUUAAAAGGGCGGGGUGAAUUGAGAACAAAAUAAUAAAUGGGGUUUCAUAAGUUAAGUGUCAACUGAUGCUUGUUGGGACCACUAUCAUGCUUUCAUGUCCUGCCCCUCUCGUGGGGGUGUGGUAGUAAAGGUUGGUGCAUCACUCAGAGGAGGAGUGCACAUGCUGUCUCUCUCUCUGGAGCAUGGCAGGGAAUUGUGCCCUGUGACUCUGCCCAGGGAGAGGGCAGAAGCAAGAAAAAUCGGAGAGGCUGCAGUCGCCACUUCCUUCUCUUGCUUGACACACCUGGUUUGGCAAUGUGGAGAAUUUGGACCGUGGGGCUCCCUAGAGGGAGAACGCAGGCCACCCACUUCUUCCAUGUGCAGUACAGUGGAUGUUCAGGUUGUGAACAUGAUCCGUGCGGGAGGCGCGUUCGCAACCCACAGCGUUUGCAACCCGCAGUGCUUCUGCGCAUGCGCGACCGCCGAAACCCGGAAGUAACCUGUUCCGGUACUUCUGGGUUUCGGCAGGUCUGUAACCCGAAAAAACGCAACCCGAAGCGUCUGUAAUCCAAGGUAUGACUGUAUAGUGUGGAGCAUUCCAAUCUCUUUGGUAACUAAGGUGAAAUCUACACACAUAUAAAAAACGCUGUGAAAAUGCUUCUUUUAAAAAACGUUUUGAAAAAUUGAAUUUGGCAUCCAUGUUCUCCCUGGUUUCCCCCCUGCAUUUAUUUACUUCCCCUUCCUUUGUUAGGUUGUAAUCAUCAUCUAGAAGCAGGAGGCUGACCUUUUUUACUUUGUAUAAGCUCUGUGUAGGAGAUCCAUUGGUAGACACCACAUUCGCGCCGUUCUCCCAAGUCUUAGCAGUUUGUUUUACAAAUAGAAAAUAUCUGACAGUGCUCAGUUGAAUUCAGUUAAUUUUUUUGUAAGUGCAUGCCUUUAGACUAGGCAUUUAAAAAGCAGUAGAGGUCAUACCUUUCUUGAAUAGUUUAAUUAGCGCUUUAGUUUGUGUGUGCGUGUGUGUAUAUAUAAAAUCGGCUUGCAACUUCUGUGCAUUUAAAUUGUGCAAAUUUAGGUUUUUGCACUUGGUCUAAAUAGAUAAAUGAGAAGGGGCGGGCAUCAAGGAAAGAAAAAAUGGCACUGACCUUGGGAGACUGUGUAUAGCCUUGGAAGAGCGUUUGGAGGUGCAGUGAGAGUGUGUUUUGACUAGACACAAUUUUGGCUUUACACGUGAUUCCUGGAACAUAAUCCCUUGUAAGUUGAAGGUCAACUCAAUAGUGCUUCCAGUCCAUAGUAAUUUAUACCUUACUGAUGAGCAAUCCUAAAACUGAAUGUACAGAAAAGUGUUUAUAGGGCUUAUUCCUAUACUUAACAUUCUUUGUACAGUUUUCAGUCUUCUACCUCAAUGCUAUUCACACGUGCCUGAGACUGAACGCAGAGUACUGAGGACUUGCUUCAGAGUAAGCAUGCAUGGGAAUUGCACUGUUAAUAUUAUAGUAAAAUAUUGUACAGGAGGUCAUGGGACGAAGGAUUCCUUAUUAUCUAAGCACUGCAGUAUUUGCCUUUCCAGCUGUAAAAUAAUAAUAAAAACCACAAGUGUUUGCAUUGUAGGCCUGGCUUUUCUGAUACCAUGGUUUUAAAUUGCUUUUUAAUUUUCAUUCUGAAGUGGAACUGUUAACAGCAAAGUUAUUUUGCACUUGCAUGAUGCAAACCUGUACAUUUAUAUUGGGCCCCUGAGCAUCUUUAUGUAUAUAGAGAGAGAGAUUGUAGCCCUUAAGACUGGUGAUAGAUAUGAAAUUCUUCCUCAGGAAAUAGAGGAAAAUUGCACAGAAUUCUGAACCAAAGUUUUUCAAUGGUCCACAGUAGCUUCUUACUUCCUAGAAGCAACUGCAUUAAGCAAAACCUCCCGAGUCUUGCCUUUCCUGGCAUGCAAUUUUUGAUAGCAGCCAGCCGUACAGUCUGCAUGGGUGAGUUAAAUUAAAGCCAUGGCUAAAAAAUUACCCUCCUGAAGAAGGUACACCCCCUUUUGGUCCUUGAAAUGGUUUCCUUCACAACCCCUAGUUUAGCACUAAAGCAUCGAACCGAAAAUGCAUGUGGCCACCACACAUGAUUGCCUUAUGUGAUUUCAGGCCAGAGGCAGAAGUGGGGGAAGCAUAGCGUGGGAAGCGUAGUGUAGAGAGGAAGCACAGCGGCAGAGCACACACUUCUCAUGAAGAACGCCCUGGGUCAAACUCUGGCAUCUUCAAAGAUCUAUGGCCAGCAGAGAGUAGAUCAUACUGGGCUCGAUUAACCAGUUCUCUGGCUCAGUAUUUUUGCAUUUCUGUAUUUUUCCAUCUGAAGAAAUGCAUGCAAUCUAGCUUUUAAAAAUCACCGUAUUUUUCGCUCCAUAAGACGCACAGACCAUAAGACGCACCUAGUUUUUGGAGGAGGAAAGCAAGAAAAAAAUUAUUCUGAAUCCCAGAAGCCAGAACAGCAAGAGCAAUUGCUGCACAGCGAAAGCAGCGAUCCCUCUUGCUGUUCUGGCUUCUGGGAUAGCUGUGCAGCCUGCAUUCGCUCCAUAAGAUGCACACACAUUUCCCCUUACUUUUUAGGAGGGAAAAAGUGAGUCUUAUAGAGCAAAAAAUACGGUAAAUUGAGAAAUUGCUAGCCUACCAUUUUUUCUUUAAUGGUCCAUCUACUGAUACACAAAUUAAUUUUAAAACACCUUUCUUUUGCAUGGGUUGUGUGGAAUGAGAUCUUUGGUACAAGGCCCGUUGGGAGUGCUGGACAAAGUCAGGGUUAGCCAAACACCAGGUGCAUUUGGCACCUGGCUUUUGACCACUUGCAACCUAAUGAGGAUGCCUGGGUGGCAGGAUGGCGCCUGACACCUCCACCAUCUGGAGGUGCAUGCCUGGGGAAUCAUUGGAACUUGACUAUUUUACACACUAAAACCACAUCCUGUAGAAAUCUACCAGUUACAUUUAGUUGCGCAGUCAGAAUGAAUUUCAGAAACCAAAAUUUUUCCGUGCAGCCUGAGCAGGAGCGGUGUACAGCAUUGUAGUUAAUUGUUGUAACUUGUCUUCCUUUAUUCCACCCCACUGCCCUGCUCACAGUUGUGAAGAAUAUUCUUACGUUAGGAAUCGUCUGUGUCACCAUUCAGAAAAAGAGGUAGGAAUAGGCUUGAUCCAGACUGCCCUGGAUCAAGUGAUCCUCAUUAAGUUCUUAACCGAGCUCAAUGUUGUCAUCUGAACUAGCCGGAUAUUUAACUGAGAAUCAAUCACAGUCAGUCCAUCUUUUGAAAAAUAAGACUUUAAAGCUGUCUUGCCCUAAAAUGGAAACUAGACAUUCUGUUUUGGCAAGCCUAACCUUGGUUUAAGGGACCAUUUGGCACCUGGGCUUAUAUUAUCUGAGUUUCUAAAACUGGGCAAAGUGUCUUCUGGUCAACCCCCUUCUCUGUCAGUGGCCCUGGUGGGUUUAAUGAGACUACAGUGGCAGUGAUCCAAAGAGCAUUAAGCCACCUGUAUAAUUUCCCACAAUGCCCCAGCGUGAACCUGGGCUGGAGGCAUUGUGGGAAAUUUAAAGAGUGGCUAUUCCCAGUCACUUGCCACUGCUCAGAAAUAAGGAUCUAGGAGGGGCCCAGGGCAAGCUCUGUCCCUGGGCCCAGCCAGCUGCCCAGAGAUAGCAGGUGCUGACGUAUGCUUUCAAAAUCCAGCUAUUCUGCAGUUGCGAAAUUGAAAAGGUGAAAGUGCACACACACUUGGAGAAAAAUAUCUGCGGACUUGAAAAAAAACACCAUCUAAUUAUUAACCUCCAAAGGAACAUGUAAUAGAAAAAUCAUGACCACUGUUGCAGAAGAGCUGUUAUUUCCUAGUUCUCCUUCACAGAUUCUAACCUAUAGUACUUUUUUGCAGCACAAUGUGUAAUAUUUUGCAAGAGAACUUCCUUGUUUCCUUUCUUUGCCUUUGCUUCUUUAAUUUGAGCCAGGCUUGCAAGUGCUGUUAGCAUUUGGCACAGCUACAUAGAGAAGGGAUGGUCUCUGAAUAUCGGUAAAGCGCCUCUUCUGGUUAUGAAAUAAAAUGCCAAAUUCAAUCCUGCAUAGUCCUUCAAAUAAACUUGUACACAGAAGCUGUUUUCUCUUAAGGGAGGUGCAGUUUUUGCAGCAAAGCCAACCAGCUGAUUAGAGUUCCCUUCCCACUACGCCCUGCGACUGAGUAAACGGAACAAGAUAUGAUCUCUUUCCAGAGACUACAUUUGGCGUUGAUCAGGUCAAGAAAAAUGAUAAGGAGUGGAGGUUUGUGGUGGGAAGGUACGGACUCGAAAAUUGGUAAAGAGUUUCAUUUGUAGUGUGCUGAGCAUGUCCAAUGACAGCUAUAUAUAUCAUAGAAUCACAGAGCUAGAAGGGACCCUGAGCUUCAUCUAGUGCAGUAUUAUUACUGAAAAAGGGAAUCUGCUGCAAAUCGCCUGGGACAGUUUCUAGUCGCUGGUGGCGACCUGGCAAGAUGCUAAUGAGCCUGAAGUAGUUGUGUGGAAAUGGUAUCAGUUAUUAAGAAAAACAAUUUGUAAAUUAGGAUUUGCAUAUCUGAUGCCUAAUGGCGUGAUGUCAACUGUUCUAAAAUUUUAUGUAUAAGUAACAAGAUUAUUUCACAUUAAGUUGGAUUAACUUGAAUGCUGAGAAUAAAGAUCUAAGAAGCAGUGUUGACCAGUGACAGAAAUUAGGCAUUUCCUCAGGGGCAGUGUUAGAAACUCAGAUAUAUAAGAUAAUCGCCAAAUGGCACCUUAAACCUGGAUUACAGUCACCACAAUGGAAUAUCCAGUCACUUUUUUGCAAUGAAAUUGCUUAUUACUCUAUUAUCAUUGUUAUUAUUAUUUCUAUACUACUUUAUAUUUUGAAGAAAAAAUAUCAAAGUGAUUUACAACACAUUAAAAUAUCAAAUACAGCAAUCCAGAAUAAAACAAAUUCAAGGAAAAUAUUUCAGAUCCUUCUCUAAGUGACAUUUUGCCUUCCCCAUAUUCAUUUACCUGCUUAAUUUAUAGAGUUGCUCCACAGCAGAAAUGCUCUAGGAAGCCAGUGGGGUGUAGUGGUGAUAUUGGGCCAGUCACAGCCUCUUAUCCUACGUCACAGGGUCAUUGUAGGAAUUAACUGAGGAGGUGAGAGAACCAUGUACUCCUUGGAGAAAAAGGUGGGAUAGAAAUGCAAACAAAUAAGUUCUUCUGCUUACCUUACCUGCUUAAGAAAUCUGGAGGAGCCAGCCAGAUGGAGAUGUCAGCUGCCAUCCUGGCAUCCAGACAUUUCUAUGUGGUCGCAAUUGGACCUGUGCCAGACACAAAUGGCGCCUGGCUAAUUUCUAACACAGGUUACAAUUGGCUGCAUGUUCUCUUUUUAUUUAAGCUUUUCACUCCUCACCCUUUUCUUUUUCACAACUCGACUCAAUAACUCAACCCUAAAAUAUUAGAUUAGCUUUCCCCAACAGUUGUUGAGGGCUCCCAGUUCCUCCCAUCUCCACCCAUUGGUCAUGCUGGCUGGGCCUGAUGGAAGCUGCAGUCCGAAAAUCUGAAGGUCACCAGGAUGGGCAAGGCUGUGUACAGAUUUAUGAAGGCUGCAAUCUUGUAGACAUUUCCCUGGGAAGUAAGCUUUAUGGGAUUAAUGGGGACCUCCUUCUGAAGAAGUGUGUUAAGCAUUGCAUGGUAAGAUGCCUCAAGUGUAGCUGCUGUCUAAGUGCCAGGAAGGAAUAAUAUAUAUAUUUAAAAACUUAUACCUGAAGCAAAGUAGAAGACUUUUUUUUUGUAUUAAAGGCUGUCGAUCCGCCCCCCACGCUUUUCAGGUCUAAGCGGGCCAGAAUGAUCAUGUUUUACAAUCUUGCAUGGGCACGCAUGCGGUAGUUACUUAUUACUAAAUUAAGAAUGAUUAAGACAGGCUGGUGUUUUUAAUACUGGUGCACCUGCUGUGUGUAAUUGCAGCCUGCUGCGGGUAAAAACUGUAAAGAUUUUAGUGAAUGGUUUUUCAUCUUACCCGCAAAUAGCUUUUUCGGAAGUUUAAUUUGAGCAGUUUCUAAGAGGGCAUUCUCCUCUCCCCGCCCUAUACCAAAUUGUUCUAGGAACCAUAUUUUAGCUUCUGUUUCUGUACAUUGGGUGAAAGGUCUAUAUCAGAAUCUGCAUUUGAUUUUUUUAUUCCAUUAAAAAAAUGCAUUACUAUAGCUGUUACCUUAGGUGCAUAGACUUGUGGAGAGGCUCCUUUAAAAUCACUGGGAUUUGCAUCUGAGUCAACAUGCCUUGUUGGAUCAAGCGGCAAAAAGAGAAGUUUCUAGAAAAAGUUGCUUCUUUAGAUUUGGAAGCAUGGGGCAGCAAUUGUGAAAUUGGAUAGGUAGGCUGUUAAUCUAACCCCCUGGGCAAGCCCUUUUCCCUCCAACACAUGUAAAGAUAAGGAAGAAAAUCAUGUUUGAGCAAGGACAUUGGGAGGAAUGUGAAUUUUCUGUUUCUCUGAUAAUUGCCCGCCUUUGCUGUAAGAGCUCCCAAGCAGCCAAAGCCCCCAUUAUAUUCCCUAAUGUGGAGAGGAGUGGCUUUCUCUUUCUCACCUAAAAAAGGAUUUUUUUCACUUCAGUAUUUAUUGCUCUGAAUAGGAAAAAAAAUGUGGGAAAUGAUGGACCUUGUGAAAGCUCUGAGCCAAAGUAACAACAUUCCAGAAUUUCUCAACACUGAUUGCUUUUCAGAGAGUCAGAUCUGGCUUAUCCAGUUUUAAAGAAAAUGCUAUGUGGAAAGGAAACAUUCUGUAUGGAAAAUAGCAGGAGAGAUGGGCUUUAAUGGGUGAUUACUGAUUUAAAAGUAAGGAUUUGUGGGCAGAAAAAUAGGGAAUAGGUUAAUAGUUAAGUAAAAGUCUAGCAGGAACUGAAAAUGAGCAGCCAGUGGGAAAUGAAGAGGAAGAAAAUUGGGGGGGGGGGGAAUCAAAGAUAAAAUGCUAAAAUAUUUUAAGUUUUUUGAAAUGUAAUUUGGAAACGUAUGUACUAUUGAGCCAGCUAAUACGGGUGGGAAAUGAAACAUCGAGGAAGCAGGGUGGGAAGUCACUUUUAAAUUUGCAUGAAAUUUGAAUUAAUGUGAUGUUAAAUUCAUUAAAUUUUUUGAAAAGUAAUAAAAAUUAAUUGGCAAAAAACAAAGUAAGUAAACAUUCUAAACUUUGGUUUUAGUACACUGUGGCACCAAAGUGGGGGUGGGGGGAGUGUUAGAGUGCUGGGCUAGGAACCCAUGCAACCAUGAACCUUGAGCCUAGACCACUUCACUGGGAUGUUGUGAAGAGAUAGAUGAGGGAAGACCCAUGUACGUAACUAUGUUCUCCUUGGACCCCUGACCAUUAGGUCCAGUCGUGACUGACUCUGGGGUUGCAGCGCUCAUCUCGCUUUAUUGGCCGAGGGAGUCGGCAUUUGUCCGCAGACAGCUUCCGGGUCACGUGGCCAGCAUGACUAAGCCGCUUCUGGCAAACCAGGGCAGCACAUGGAAACGCUGUUUACCUUCCCGCUGGAGUGGUACCUAUUUAUCUACUUGCACUUUGACGUGCUUUCAAACUGCUAGGUUGGCAGGAGCAGGGACCAAACAACGGGAGCUCACCCCAUCGCGGGGAUUCGAACCGCCGACCUUCUGAUCGGCAAGUCCUAGGCUCUGUGGUUUAACCCACAGCGCCACCCGCGUCCCCUAAUAGGUGGAAUAGAAAUGUCAUAAGUACAGUCAUACCUCGGGUUGCGAUCGCUGUCGGUUGCACAUUUUCAGGUUACAGACGCGCUGAAACCAAGAAGUACCGGAACAGGUUACUUCUGGGUUUCGGCGCUCGCGCAUGUGCAGAAACACUAAAUCACACUUUGCGCAUGUGCAGAAGUGCCGAAUUGUGUCGUGCAUGCACAGACGCGGCACAGCACUGUGGGUUGCGAAUGUGCCUCCUGCACGGAUCACGUUCGCAACCCAAGCUUCCACUGUACAUAAAUUAUUGUUUAAUGUUCAUUUGAACAAGAAGAUCUGAGAAUGCAGUUUAUAAACUGCAAUUUCUGGAAGCUGCAUUAAGGUUUUGUUUUGUUACACUAAAGUGGUGUAUAAAUUUUAUGAACUCCUCUCAUGUUCAGUGCUGUAGAUCACCAUUACCGGGAUUUCAAAGGCGGAAUUGACAUCAAUGGACGCAUUUAGACAUAGCAGUAAACCAUAGACCAGCUUUGGGUUUGUAUGUAAGGUAAUAAAUUUGGAGCCGAAUCUGUAACAAACUUCUGUUUCCGAUUUUGUCCAAAUGUGGGGAGGCUGGUUUAUAGUAACAAGAGAGUUAGGUGUUUUGAUAACAGCAAUCAGUAGUUCAUUUCUCGAACUGGAACCUGGCCUGUUAUCUCCUCGAGGGGCUUGGAAUGCUUGGAUACCAAUCCUUGUUUUGAUCAAUUAAAGGGUAUAUCUUCCUUCCAAACCAUGCAGGUUCCUUGUGUACUUCCUUCCGAUUGCACUUGCAAUUAAGCUACCUAUUUACCCCUGAGAGAGGCAAAGGUGUAUGAUGUAACUGCAAUUACUUUCAGUGCUAACCAUGUCUUUUGAUGAAUUGUACGACAUAGUGCGUAACAAGUGAGAUAAUUGCCUUUCUCUUUUGAGAAUGUUUUUCCCCACCCACCCAUUCAUGAAUGAAUGAAUGAGCUGUUCCCCUCCCCACUGAAUGCAGGUAAUAUCUUAAACUGAGAGAUUCAUUCAGCGUAACUAAACAUUUUCUUCAAACAUGGGCUUGAUUCAUAUCUAACACCAAACUAUGAAUGUCCAAAUGAGAGGACUUUUUUGUGCUUUCCCUGAUUUUUUAAUGAUUUAUUUAUUGUAAUACCCCCCUUGCCAUACGUCUGGGUUUUCCUGGACAUUUUGCCAAUUUAGUAAAAAUCCACCAGGCCACAGAAUGGCUGCCCAAUUCCCGGAUGUGUCCAGGAAAAUCUGGAUGUAUGGCAGCCAUACCAAAUGAGCCUUGUGUUUUGCAUGCUCCCUGCUUCCCUCACAAACUUCAUCCCUCUCACUUCCCCAUUCAUGCAGAGCAUCGUCUGCCAUUUUAUCCAAAUUUUGCAUACUAUAGAGCAGGGUUUAGCUAAGGAGUCCUGCCAGUGGAAGCCCUGUGCAAGGACUUCCACUUGUACCACGGGGCUUCCCCCCGCCUUGGAAGUUAGCUCUUGGGCAGUCAGACUUACCUAGUUUAUAUAUCAAGGAAUGAAACUGGUAUGCUUCCCAGCAUUAAAAAUUUGCCAGGCGCAUUUUGCAUCUGGCUAUUAGCCACUUGGGAUCAAGUGACGAUGACCAGGCAGCAGGAUGGCACCUGACAUCUUGGCCAUCUGAAGGUGCAUGCCCAGCAACACAUCCUGUAGAAUUCUCUCCACUAUAUUUUAUCUGCAUAAUCAGAACGAAUCUCAGGAACCAAAAAGUCAUAUUGAAAAAUAUGACUUUUGAGCCAUCAGGCCCCCCAAAUGGCAACUAGGCAUUCCGUUUUGGUGACUGUAACCCUGGUUUAAGGAGCCAUUUAGCACCUAGCUUAUACAUCUGAGUUUGUAACACUGAUGCUGUCCACCUUCUGGGGCUUCUCAUGCACAGAAGUAACCUGGCCACAGUUAUCCAUGUCUGAUGAACUCCACAAUAGACCACGCAACAACUUUUAUGUGGGGCUUCCUUUUAAAGAGUUUUUGGUGUGGCACUGAAAACUGCUUUGCUUUCCAGUUUUCCUUACCUCAAUACAUUACAGUAGUACCUCUGGUUACGUACUUAAUUCGUUACAGAGGUCCGUUCUUAACCUGAAACUGUUCUUAACCUGAAGCACCACUUUAGCUAAUGGGGCUCCCACUGCUGCCGCCACCCAAUUUCUGUUCUCAUCCUGAAGCAAAGUUCUUAACCCGAGGUACUAUUUCUGGGUUAGCGGAGUCUGUAACCUGAAGCGUAUGUAACCCGAGGUACCACUGUACAUGUUUAUUUCAUUUUAGACAAUUUAUUUAUUAUAGAGAAAUAUUUAUCAACUUAUUUUACUGUUUAGUUCUACUAGAAUCAGAGAUUCCCAAGUCAUUAGCAUCAAGGCAGAAUUAACUUCCUGAUAGUUUCACAAAUGAGCAUCCCAUGUUUUUCUAACUCAGUGAGAACACUUUGAAUUGAUUUAACUAACAUAGCAUUUUGUCUUUUGUUUUUCUGUGUCCUCUAAUCCCCAGCAUUCAUACAAGAACUGCAUUGUUAUUUGACUGAGUGUGCACUUUCCCCUUGUUCUACAAGUAUCUAAUGCUGCAUUCUAAUCUGCCUGAUAGUUAAAGGGGCGGAUGGAAAAACCUGUUUCCUGGUCAAAACCAGUGUUAGAAACUCAGAUAUAAAAGCUAGACUCCAAAUGGCCGCCCAGACAAAAUGUCUAGUUUCCAUUUUGGGGCAAGAUGGCUCAAAAGUCUUAUUUUUCAAAUGAUGGACUGACUGUGAUUGAUUCUCAGCUAAACACCUGGCUAGUUCAGAUGACAACUUUGAGCCUAGGUUAAGAACUUCGAAAACUUAAAGAAGAAAAAUCACUUGAUCCAGGGACAGUCCACAUAUGUAUUGGCCUAUUCCGACCUCUUUUUCUUAUUGGUGACUGCUCCUGCUCAGGCUGCACAGAAAAGGCAUUUUGUUGUCUGAAAUUCAUUCCGAUUGUGCGGAUUAAAUAUAACUGAUAGAAUUCUACAGGGCGGGGUAUUUGUGUGUGAAAACAGCCCAGAUCCAAGUAUCCCCAGAUGGUGGAGAUGUCAGGCCUCAUCCUGGUGCCCAGACAUCCUCACUUGGUCACAAGUGGUUGAAAGCCAGGUGCCAAAUGCCCCUGGUGCCUGGCUAUAAUUUUGAACACUGGAUUCAGCUGAAAGCUGAGUAAGCUCUCCCUGGUAAACUCUCCCUGAAUAAAGUGAAUGUGAAGGCAUCAGUGUUAGAAAUUGAGAUGAAAGCUAGUAGCGACAUGGCGCCUUAAACCGAGGUUAUGGGCUCAACAAUGGAACAUUGGAAGAUGUGUAGAUAUGCCUGUCAACCCCUGCCCUCAGGAAAAGUGUUGGCACUAGGAUGUACAUAGAGAAAGUAGAGCACAACUUGUGUACAACCUUCAUAAUUUGCCAGGCGCAUUUUGCACCGGGCUAUCAGCCACUUGUUUACCUUCCCGCCGGAGCGGUGCCUAUUUAUCUACUUGCACUUUGACAUGCUUUCGAACUGCUAGGUUGGCAGGAGCAGGGACCGAGCAAUGGGAGCUCACCCCGUCACGGGGAUUCGAACGUUUCCGUCCGCUGCUCUGGUUCGCCAGAAGCAGCUUAGUCAUGCUGGCCACAUGACCCGGCAGCUGUCUGCGGACAAAGGCCGGCUCCCUCGGCCAAUAAAGCGAGAUGAGCGCUGCAACCCCAGAGUCGGCCACGACUGGACCUAACGGUCAGGGUCCCUUUACUUGUAACCAAGUGAAGAUGUCCGAGCGCCAGGAUGGCACCUGACAUCUCCACCAUCUGGAGGUGCCAGCCUGGGGAUCCUGGGAUCUCGACUGUUUUCACACACCAGCAAAACAUCCUGUAGAAUUCUCUCUGCUAUAUUUUAUCUGCACAAUGAGAACGAAUUUCAGGAACCCAAAAGGUGUAUUGAAAAAUACUACUUUUGAGCCUCCUGGCCCCCAAAUGGCAACUAGACAUUCUGUUUUGGUGAAUGUAACCCUGGUUUAAGGAGCCUUUUGGUGCCUAGGUUAUAUAUCUGAGUAUCUAACACUGCUUGUGUGGAAGAAGUGAAACUUUUUCUAGGUGGUGGGGACUGCUUCGGAAGCAAAGGCGAACUUGUAUUGUUGGCUGUGAAUAGGAAGUGGAGGAGGCGUUCGAGCAGGAAAUGUCAGUGGGGGAAAAGGCACAGAGACAAAGAGGACUGAAUAUUCAGUGAUCUGAGAAGCAAGGACAUGAGGGAAGAAUGAGGAAAACACUGCUGACUUUGCUGGUUCACGUGACUGAUAGAAUCACCAUGUAUUUUCAGGGUGACUAUGGUGAAAAAGAGAUGAAAAAUGUUUACAUUUUCCGAGGGUACUAUAGUACCCUACCAGACGUUGCCAUCGGGUCAGGUUUCUAGACAGCUUUGUUUAAAAAAUUGCAGAAGCCUUAGAUCAGUCUCUCUCCAUGUCAAGCAAAUAUGGAUGUAAGACCUCUGGGUUUUCUAAACUUCCUGCUAUUAUAACAGGCCUUCCAAAUGUCCCCGUUUUCCAGGGGCAGUCCUGCUUUCUGAUCUGAUCCUGCUUUCCAUUAGGAUGUCCCUAUUUUCAUCGGAAAAAUAUUGGAGGGAUGGAGUUAUGCAAGGAUGUCAGGAGGAGAUAAGUAUAUAUACAACCUUUAGAAGACAUCUGAAGGUAGCCCUGUGUAGGGAAGUUAUUUUUUAAUGUUUUAUUAUGUUUUUAUCUAUGUUGGAAGCUGCCCAGAGUGGCUGGGCAACUCAGUCAGAUGACCAGGGUAUGUAUGUAUAAUGUAUGUAUGAAUGAAUGAAUGAAUAGGAUGUCCCUAUUCUCAUCAGAGAAAUUUGGAGAGUAUGUUAUAAAGCCUCUGCAGGCACGUUUUAAAAUUUUAUAUAUUCAUUUUGUAAUGAAAUCGUAUUUUUACUUAAUCGUUGCAAGCCACCCAAAUAACGACUUUAUAGCAUACAGACACAUAGUUAAAUAAGCAAACCACUCACUGGUUUAAUCUGGAUGAAUUUCAUAAAAAUCAACUGAAGAGUAGCUGAGUUAUAGUAAUUUAAAAUGUCCAAAGCGCUGAACUUGCAACUGGUUUUUUUUUUUUUUUAAUGCCAAGGGACAGUGUUGGGGCAGCAGACUCAGGAGAAGUAUUAGUGCAUAGAGAUGUGAGUUCUAAGCGAUCAGAGUAAGCAAGACCGUGGAAUGUAUAUUCAACUGUUCACCUGGUCACCAUAGGCAACCACAAAUUCUGCCUAGGCGAGUAUGCAGAAUUUCCCCCAGGUGAGUGUUUGGGCUGGCAGAGAGGCAAGGAUGCUCUGCAAGCCAAGCCCAAUUGGUUUCUGCAGUGGAAGUGAAAUUGCUUCUUCUCCCUCAUCCUGGAAGCUGAUCAGGCUAGCAUGGCUGAGAUGUUCAGCAUGUUCUGUUGCCAACCCCAUCUCACCUGCCAGCUAGGGUAAAACGAAGAUGGUAGGCAUGACUGGAACCAGCUUGGGGGGGCAAUUUCCCUGUAGGCAGUGUUAGAAAAGGGGAAAAGGGAAAAGGUAAAGGACCCCUGGAUGGUUAAGUCCAGUCAAAGGAGACUGGGGUUGCGGAGCUCAUCUCGCUUUCAGGCCGAGGGAGCUGACGUUUGUCAACAGACAGCUUUCCAGAUCAUGUGGCCAGCAUGACUAAACUACUUCUGGCUCAAAGGAACACCAUGACGGAAACCAGAGCACACGGAAACACCGUUUACCUUCCUGCCACAGUGGUACCUAUUUAUCUACUUGCACUGGCGUGCUUUUGAACUGCUAGGUUGGCAGGAGCUGGGACAGAGCAAUGGGAGCUCACUCCGUUGCGGGGAUUCGAACCACCAACCUUCUGAUCGACAAACCCAAGAGGCUCAGUGGUUUAGACCAUAGCGCCUUUUAGCCAGUGUUAGAAACUGAGAUAUGAAAGCUAGGAGCUAAAUGGCACCUUAAACCUAGGUAAUGGGCACAACAAUGGGAUGUCUAGGCGUGCUUUUUUUUACAGUUUUUUUCCACUCUGCAGUUUUAAUCUGAAAUCUUAGGCGCAACACUGCACCCAGAGCUCAUAAACUAAAUAAGUGCACCUAGAACAAUGGGAAUUUCGAAACUGCCUGCAGGAGGGGUGGGGGAAGAGAGAGAAAAAGUCCCCACUGUGCUAUCUGCAAUGGCUCCCUGUUUGUGGAAUGCUCUCCCUAGGGAGAGUUGGCUGGCACCUUCAUUAUAAACCUUAACCAGGCCUUUGGCUGAUUGACAUCCAAUGCCCUUCAAAAAUGUGAUGGGGAGGGGGGAUUUGUUUUUAUUAUGUAUUUUGUGUUCUUGUGAUUUUUUUUGUUGUGCACUGCCCUAAGACCUGGGUAUAGGGCGGUGUACAAAAGUAAUAAUAAUAAUAAUAAAUAAUAAUAAUAAUUAGUGGAGGAACUGGAAGAUUGGGGCGACAAGGGGAAAGUCCGAGGGGAAAGCAUGGCAGGAACUACAAAUAAAAAAAUAAAUGGCCUGCUUAAGAGGGAUAAAAUUUCCUGCAUUUCAAGGUGAGGUCUAUUCACUUUCCAUUUUGAUGCUUUAGAUGCUGGAAUUUGUACAGCACCUCAACCUUGACUCUUCUCUUUUACAUUGAACUCCCUUUUUCUUUUCUCUUCUCUUUUUUCUUUCUUUCUUUCUUUUUCUUUUUCCUUUCUGUUCCCUGAAUGGUUCAGAAAGAGUUCCCAAGUCUGCUUGGUGAUGUGGAACAAUUAAAAGAUAAUGCAGGCUUUGGUCAUAGGCUUAGCAGUAGAAAAUAUUGUGGCGUAAUUCAGACAAAUUAUGGUUCCUGCUGCAGCUGAGCAGAUGUGAUGCUAUAAAAUGAUCUGAUUAACAGCACGUUUAUGAGACUGCCCAAACUGAACUGCUUUGAAAUUGGAGUUUUUAAAUAAGUUAAUUUUAGUGAAAUGGAAACGUGAAAUACCGUAUUUUUCGCCCCAUAGGACGCACUUUUUCCCCUCCAAAAAUGAAGGGGAAAUGUGUGUGCGUCCUAUGGGGCGAAUGCAGGCUUUCGCUGAAGCCUGGAGAGCGAGAGGCAUCGGUGCGCACCGACCCCUCUUGCUCUCCAGGCUUCAGGAAGCUAUCCGCAAGCCUUGCAAGCCCGGUGGGAGUUCCCGCGGGCUCACAAGGCUUGCGGGCAGCAGCCCGCAGCCCCGGUGAGUGUCCGCAAGCCUUGCGCGUCCAGCAGGAGGUCCCGCCGAGCGCACGAGGCUUGGGGCGGCAGCCUGUCGCCCAAAGCACGGGGAGCCCUCCGGAGGGCUCCCCAUGCUUUGGGCGAGUGUCUGCAAGCCUCGCGCGCCCGGCUGGAGGUCCCGCCGAGCGCGCGAGGCUUGGGGCGGCAGCCUGUCGCCCGAAGCACAGGGAGUCCUCCGGAGGGUGCCCCGUGCUUUGGGCAGGUGUGCACAAGGCUUGGGGCGGCAGCUGUGGCGGGGGGGGGAUUUUUUUUUAUUAUUCAUUUCCCCCCCCCCCCAAAAAAAACCGAGGUGCGUCCUAUGGGCCGGUGCGCCCUAUAGGACGAAAAAUACAGUAAAUUGGCUCUUACAGGCAUAUUUAAAAUUACGUUUAUGUGCGGAAAGCCUCUUGAAAGCAUUGCUUGGAUUUUGAAAUACCUUCUCAGGGAAUUCUACAAGGGUGGGAGAUGACCAAUUUUCCAGAAAUUGUCGCUGCAUGUUAGAAUUCCAGAUGGUCAAGUCUUGGUGCGUGGUGUAGAAAUUGGUGCAUCUGCGGUAAAACAUUCAACUGAAGCUGAGUUGCAAGCAGCAGAUCCUGUUGAACCAGAUCUCUAUCUUGGAAAAAUAUCAGUGUGCACCCAACCUGCUUUUAUAUUUGGUUUACGCUGUAAGCAUCAGUGAGAAGGAAGGUGCAUGUGCCUUUUGAGAUUAGCUCUGUUCCAGCCUGGAGAAUGUAGGAAGAGCUACAAACAAUCUUCCUCCAAAACACAUUUGAAUUAAUGCUAAUCUUGCUGUGCCAGAGUCCUGGCUUUUAGCCCAGUGCCCUACUUUCUAGAGUGGGAAAAGGGCUUAGAAUGGGCUCCCCCUCCCUAUUUUUAUGAAAUUUUAAUUUAGGAGCAUUCGGUGAAAGACAAAAUUAGCGAGGAGUAUGUGGAACUGGUAAAGUCGUGAUACUUUAGUUUCUUGGUUUCGCCAGUGUUGUACACGUGUACGUAGAAUCGAGUUAUUCAGCAACAGCCUUUGAGCAUGCAGUGGGGGGGGGGGAAUCAUUAUAUUAAUAUUAAGACUGGAAUCCUAGGAGCUAUUUUAGGCACAAUCAAAAGCUUGCAGGCACCCUCUGGGAAAUUGACUCUUCCUUUUUGAGAACUGGGCCCCUUGUCAUAUAUUGCAAAGUGCCUUUGAAAUCUCUGUGGGAUUUCAAAUCUGUUUUGCAUGCAGCAUGGGGGACUAUUCAAAGCACUUCAGCACUCAGAACUAGGUUUCGUUUUUUGCACCUUCUUGGUUUUGAUAGUAGUACCGUUGGCGUCAUUCUUCCUGUGCAAACAUUUUUCACUGAGUGAGUGUAUGCCAAAUGAGCGCAGAUGGUUUAUUCUGAUUCCCCCCCCCCUUCCCUCCCUAGCCUUUAUUUUUAAUCCAUACAGCAUAUAAUCUAUUUGGAAUUGGUAGGUGCAAAUAAAUACAGCUCAUGGUGCAUAUUCACAAUUCAAUUGCAAUACGAAUGAAAAUAGAUACAUUUAUCAAUUGCAAUACGAAUGAAAAUAAUACAUUUACAGUGGUGCCUCGCAAGACAAAAUUAAUCCGUUCUGCGAGUGUCUUCGUCUAGCGGUUUUUUUGUCUUGCGAAGCAACCCUAUUAGCGGUUUAGCGCUAUUAGCGGUUUAGCGGCGCUUAGCGGCUUAGCUGCUAAAAGGCUAUUAGCGGCUUAGCGGCUUAGAAAAAGGGGGGGAGCGAAAAAAAUCUCAAGACUCGCAAGACAUUUUCGUCUUGCAAAGCAAGCCCAUAGGGAAAUUUGUCCUGCGAAGCAACUCAAAAACGGAAAACCCUUCCGUCUAGCGGGUUUUCCGUCUUGCGAGGCAUUCGUCUUGCGGGGCACCACUGUAUUGAUUUCCAUAGGAGAGUUCGUAGAGCACUUGUAAUCUCUAACAAAUCCCAUGGCUUCUCUUUUUAAUGUUCUGUAAUGUUGCCUCUUCUUACCUAAUAAAAGUUGUGCAGUGUUGCAGUGUUCCAAGGAAAACAGAAGUAUGGUACUUUGGGUUAAGUACUUAAUUCGUUCCGGAGGUCCGUUCUUAACCUGAAACUGUUCUUAACCUGAAGCACCACUUUAGCUAAUGGGGACUCCUGCUGCCGCCGGAGCACGAUUUCUGUUUUCAUCCUGAAGCAAAGUUCUUAAGCUGAAGCACUAUUUCUGGGUUAGCAGAGUCUGUAACCUGAAGCGUAUGUAACCUGAAGUGUAUGUAACCUGAGGUACCACUGUAUGGGGCUCAGAGUGCCCAACCUAAAAUGAAAUGUAUACAGAUAACCCUUGCAUCCUCUUCUUGUAUCCUGUCUUAGUUGCUUACCAAAAUAAUUUCUAAAAGUCUCCAGAUUUCAUUGCAUGGUGAAAUUAUACAUUUUUUAUUCGGGAUCAUGGUGUUGUUGUCAUCAGCCCAUUAUAAUGUUUUAAUGGCACUGAUUAACAAAAAAUGCUCUGUUUGAUUGUUCUAGUACAGUAUAACUGAAUGCUGCUUUUAUCCCUUCAUUCUCCUAGGGAGCUGGUUAAAUGCAAUUGUGUCAAUAACGAAAGAAGGGCAACCAUGAGAAUAGCAGGUAAGAAGAACGACCACCUUAUUUUUUGGCUGGUGAAACAAGAUACGUUAGUCUGCACGGAAAUGAAGAUCUGUCCUCACAACGUUUCACAGUUUAGUUAAUCAUGAGUGUUUAGUUUUGAAAUGGUCAGCUGUCAUUUAAUUCAUUGGGACUAUAUGGCCAGGCUGCUUUAAAUUACCGUAUUUUUCGCCCUAUAGGACGCACCGGCCCAUAGGAUGCACCUAGAUUUGGGGGGGGGGAAUAAAGGGGAAAAAAUUUAUUCCCACCCCCCCAGGUGCGGGGCUGGGGCGGGGGAAGCUCGGGCUUCCCCCUCCCCCAGCCCGCAGAACAGGACCCAGAGCGAUGCCGAAGCUGCGUGCAGCUUCGGCAUCGCUCUGGGAGCUUGCGGGGCUGGAGGAGGGGAAGCCCUCCGCCAGCCUUCUAGCCAAGUCGGGGACAGCGGGAAGGCGCGCGCCUCCGCUGUCCCCAGUUUGCGGGCUGGCACGGGAGGGCAGGCUUCCCCCGCCAGCCUUCUAACCAAGUCGGGACAGCGGGAAGGCGCGCUGCGCCUCCCGCUGUCCCCCGAGUUUGCGGGGCUGGCGACGGGGAGGAGCAGGCUUCUCCCCCCCCCGCUAACCUUCUAACCAAGUCGGGGAGAGCGGGAAAGGCGCGCUGCGCCUCCCCACUGCCCCCCGAGCUUGUGGGGCUGGCGGUGGGGCUCUCCUGAAGCCUGAAGAGCGAGAGGGGUUGGUGCGCACCGACCCCUCUCGCUCUCCAGGUUUCAGCGAAAGCCUGCAUUCGCCCCAUAGACGCACACACAUUUCCCCUUCAUUUUUGGAGGGGGAAAAGUGUGUCCUAUAGGGCGAAAAAUACGGUGUGUGGUUUGAGGUGUAUCUGUUUUUUCCAGGCCUGCUUUUCGUAGCAUAUUAGUAUAUUAGGAAUGGGAGCAGUCAGGAAUGGAUUUUGGUAUGUUCAAGGUCUGGGAAGUUUAUCUUUUGUUAUAUAAAUGUUUUUAUUUCAGUUUUAUAAUACAAAUGAAUAAAAAGAGGAGCAAAAUGCAACAGCACUAAUCAGAGCAGUCAUACACAUUUAUGCCAGAAUUAAUACAUUUCACCAGUCCAUUUCUAUAAUAAAGUGCCAUGUGUAUGAUACAUAUUUUAGAGGUACGUUGCAAUAUAUACAGAUAUAUAGUUUGGGGGGGAACCAUAUUUGAUAAUAAGCUCUGUAUUCUUUAUAUUCUAAUAAAAUUUAUUCAAAAGAAAGAAAGAAACACACACACACACACACAGCAAGACUCAUUUUGGUGGGCCAAGGGCUCUUGUUCCUUUUCCAGCAGCGUUCAGGGUGUUGCUCUUUUUGAUCUAGAAGUCUUAGUCAGAUGGCUUGACAAAUGUGUUGUUGCAUCAAAAUAAUAGCAGUUGGUGAUAACGCAUCCUUUUUUCGGAGCAGGAGCUGCAAAAUUGGCGGUAGCGGUAGCCGUAUUUCUGCUGACAUUUUACGUCAUAUCCCAAGUAUUUGAAAUAAAAAUGGACGCCAGCCUAGGGAACCUGUUUGGUAAGUGAUUUGCUUCUAUUGUUUUCCCUGCAUAUAAUUUCAGCCAGCAUUAUGCCACUAAACAGUGUAAUCUUACACACAUCUAUUCAGAUUUAAUUCCCAAUGAGUUCAGUGGAGCUUACUUCCUAGUAAGUGGAUAGAGUUGCAGGCUAGGUGAUUUAUGCAUGUUAUAAUACUGCUUUGAAAGAAUUACGUAUUUCUCUUCUGAGCCUUGUGUUCUCAUAUAUGCUGUGAAGUUAAACUAAACCGUGCUGGGUGGUUUUGUUUUGUAUUUGUUUUUUGCAAAUUGCUCAUCAGCAGCAAGUCAAAGAGAGUCCUGCUUUCAUUUAUUUUAUUUUAUUUCAUUUGUUGCUGAUUUCUUAGUGUUUUGCUUCCUGUUUUAUAUACAGAAAAAGUUUUAUUUUUAAUCUUUACUUAUAGCAAAUAAAACCUUAUAGAACCUAAAAUGGCUUUCUUUAAUGAGCCAAUAACUCAAUCACACAAUUUAGAAUGGAGAAAUAUUAAUUUGUAGGCAGUUAUCCCAUCCAAUAAAAUACUGUUCCGUGACAGCAUGUUCUGCACUAAAACUGGAAUUGUAUAGCUUCUGUAGGCCAGCAUUGUCUAACCUUGGAGAAAGGCCCUAACUUUAAAGCUUUCUCUUCUAUUUGAUAGAUGUUGACGUGUUUUGUUUGUUUGAACAUGAUUAAGGAAUGAUAUAAAAUGUUAUCUCUUUCAGCAAGAUCACCACUGGAGCUACCUGCACGGCGUAAGUAUCGUAUAGCAGGGUUUUUACUUUUUCGUGUUCUCUGUUCUUAGUUCUUCUAUAAAUCCAAAAUAAGAUGCACAUGACCCACAGGCAAUCUCCAGCCUACUCUCUUAUUCCAACUUUCCUAAGAAUGACUAGAGCACAUGUGAAUUUACACGCAGUGGCAGAGCAGGACCAUAGGGGCUGGGGCAGAAAGCCUUGGUGGAGUGGUCAUGAGCCCUGGGUUUGAGUUUCCUUGCUGAAAACCCUUCCAGCUACUAAUGAACUGAAGCUAACUCCACCACCUAGAUGGGGCCCUAGAAGGUACCUAUUAUUCCUCCUUUUUCUUCUUCUUCCUGGACGGAGAUGUUCCCACUUCUUGACUCGGGCUUACAGUAAAGCCAUUAAAAUUGUUCAGGAGUGUUUAACAUUUGCUUUGAUCACUUUUUCAAAGAGGUGGCUCAUCUCAGACAUGGUGGCUCAUCCUCUUCUCACUGUACUCACAAUAAUAAUAAUAAAUUAUAGACAGACACACAGACACACAGACAGACACACACACACACACACACACACACACCCUGCCUAUCUGGCUGGGUUUCCCCAGCCACUCUGGGAGGCUUCCAACAGAAUAUUAAAAACAGGAUAAAACAUCAAACCUUAAAAACUUCCCUAAACAGGGAUGCCUUCAGAUGUCUUCUAAAAGUCAGAUAGUUGUCUAUUUCCUUGACAUCUGAUGAGAGGGCAUUCAUAGAAUCAUAGAGUUGGAAUAGACCACAAGGGCCAUCGAGUCCAACCCCCUGCCAAGCAGGAAACACCAUCAGAGCACUCCUGACAUAUGGUUGUCAAGCCUCUGCUUAAAGACCUCCAAAGAAGGAGACUCCACCACACUCCUUGGCAGCAAAUUCCACUGUUGAACAGCUCUUACUGUCAGGAAGUUCUUCCUAAUGUUUAGGUGGAAUCUUCUUUCUUGUAGUUUGGAUCCAUUGCUCCGUGUCCGCUUCUCUGGAGCAGCAGAAAACAACCUUUCUCCCUCCUCUAUAUGACAUCCUUUUAUAUAUUUGAACAUGGCUAUCAUAUCACCCCUUAACCUCCUCUUCUCCAGGCUAAACAUGCCCAGCUCCCUUAGCCAUUCCUCAUAAGGCAUCGUUUCCAGGCCUUUGACCAUUUUGGUUGCCCUCCUCUGGACACAUUCCAGUUUGUCAGUGUCCUUCUUGAACUGUGGUUCCACAGAGCGGGCGCCACUAUGGAGAAGGCCCUCUGCCUGGCUCUCUGUAACUUCGGUUUCACAGUGAGGGAACCGCCAGAAGGCCCUUGGAGCGGGACUUCAGUGUCUGGGCUGAACGAUGGAGUUGGAGAUGCUCCUUCAGGUAUCCUGGGCCGAGGCCGUCACAGGGAUGGGUCAGGGCCAAGGCAGCAACAGCAAGGUUGUGGGAGCAUCUUUGUGGGGCUGCUGAACCUGGAGUUCCCCCAACAUCGCCACCUUGCUUCAUCCUGACCACUGCAGUGUCGCCACUGGGAAGAUGCCACUGCCUCCACACCACCCUAUAUGAGCUGCCACUGGAAUGUUCAUCUCCAGAUUUACACAUUCUUUAUGUUCUGCCCAGUGAACAUUAUAGUGAGCUAUAUCUCGACCCAGGUCCCCAUUUUUUGCUGGACCAGGACUCCAUCAAUCCUAAGCAGGAUGGGCAAUGGAAGCUGUAGUCCCAACAACAUUUGGAGACUCAAGCUUGGGGUAGCCAUUGCAUUUACCUCCGUCCUUCUGUGUAAUUUGUGGAGCCUGAAAAAGAAAGAGCCGUAUACAAGCAGCUGGGCAGCUCAGUUGGUUAGAGCAUGGUGCUGACAGUGGCAAGGUUUCUGGUUCGAUCCCAGCUGCAUAUUCCUGCCUUGCAGGGGGUUACUUCCAACUCUGUAAAAUAUCUAUAUCUCAGAAAGAAUUCACAUUCCAGAACGCAUGAAUUUGCACAUGUCUGCUGUAGUAGAAGUUGGUGGGGUAAAGGAUGCUGCUUUUAUUUCCCAGUUCUUAACCGUUAACAUAAUAUUCAUCAAGACAAGUGUGUAAUUUUUUUGGCUUCACAAAACACUUUUCCAGAUGAUUUUCUUUAAAAAAACCAUCCUGUUGAAAUCAAUGUGUUCAUGCUGUAUAGUCUUCAGAAAGAAAGAGAAGAGAUGUUGUAUAGUUUUUCUGCUAAUGGAAUUUAUUUUUCCCUCCAAAGCUACAAAACCCCCAAGAUAUAAAUGUGGAACGACUAAAAUUUGUCCAGAGAACCAUUUUGCAUUCAAAAUGGCAAGUGGAGCGGCCAACGUCGUUGGGCCUAAAAUUUGCGUAGAAGAUAAUGUGUACGUAUCACCUGAUUUCUCUUCUGUUGGUUUUCGGAAGGUAGUUUUGGAUAAUUUGCACUCUGGUCUUGAAUAGAAAAUGUACAUCGCCUUUCAUUUAGUUUGGAAACAAAGGACACAUUCCCUGAGUGCUUGCAAUUGUUCCUGUGCCUAGAUCUCUACAGCAGGCUAUAACUAUAUAUAGUGUAUCACCAAACACUAUUGCCCAUAGGAGGUUGGCGCAUUCACGAUUCCAUUUCUGCUACCCAGUCAAGUUGAUUUUGCUUAGGUAGACUUUUCUUUUCUUUUUCUUUUUUUAAAAAAAUAUUUUAUUAAGGAUUUUCUUGUUUUACAGAAAAAAACUUUCUUUUCUUUUCUGAUAAUUUAAAUUACAAAUACAGGAGGAGGUGGGGCAGCUUUCAUUAGUUCGAUUUUUAAUGCUGGCUGCCUUUGUCUUUAUUCUUCUAUGUUUUUGGCGGCGCAAAAAUUGUUUCAGUGCUGGAUUUUUUUAUGUAAUUAAGUGCCUUGGCCGCUGUUUUACAUUGGAUUGACAGGAUAUAAGAUUUCUUAAUAAACAAUAUCUGAUCCAGUCCAGGGAAAAUGGGAAGAGCUGGUGUUUCUGGCACCAAAAUGCAUGGUGCGAGAGAAGGGUGCAUGAAGCAUGUCUUUCUUUGUUUUUAAGCAACCACAUCCAUUCUUGCAGUUGUGUGUUGAUAUGCCAAACCAGCAGCACAGAAAGUGGAAACAAUAAAAUUUAUGGGUAUCUUGUGGUUAUGAAUGUUAAUGCAUGUAUGUUCCACAUGCUUCACAUAACUGCACUCUAUUAAGAUAACGUCAUAAGACGUCAAGCUGGAGGCUACUCUUUUAAUUGCAAAGGGUUUUACCCAGUCUUGGCUGUCAGGUCUUGGUUGGCAGAAUGGAGAAGGGUGCAGAUUUGGGCAUUUCUUCCUGCAUCUCCUCUCAACAUGCUCUAGUCUAGAGGGUCCUUCCAGGAACGCGGGUGGCGUUGUGAUCUAAACCACUGAGCCUCUUGGACUUGCCGAUCAAAAGGUCGGCGGUUCGAAUCCCCAACGGGUGAGCUCCCGUUGUUCUGUCCCAGCUCCUGCCAACCUAGCAGUUCGAAAGCAUGCAAGCGCAAGUAGAUAAAUAGGUACCGCUGUGGCAGGAAGGUAAAUGGCGUUUCCAUGUGCUCUUGCUUCCAUCACAGUGUCCCGUUGCACUAAGAAGCGGUUUAGUCAUACUGGCCACAUGACCCAGAAAGCUGUCUGUGGACAAAUGCCUGCUCCCUUGGCCUGAAAACAAAAUGAGCACCGCACCCCAUAGUCGCCUUUGACUGGACUUAACUGUCCAAGGGUCCUUUAAGAGCAGCCUUUCUUAACCUGUGGGUCCCCAGGUGUUGUUGAACUACAACUCCCAUCACCCCUAGCUAGCAAGGCCAGAGCUCAGGGAUGAUGGGAGUUGUAGUCUAACAACUUCUGGGGACCCACAGGUUGAGAACCGCCGUUUAAGAGGGUCCUCCCACCCCUCUGGAGGUUUAAGGGGGACCUGGGAGGACUUGGGGGAAGAAGGAAUUGCCAGAUAUGGCUUCCUGCCCCUUUCCACUGACAAAAGCCUUCCUUAACCAUCAGCGGAGUGACACGGUUGGAUACAGCCGCAAAUGUUUAGUAAUAGGUUAGGUUUUGUCACUUUUUACUGUGAUUAAAAUGGCAUUGUAAGAUUAGAAGCAUUUGUGACUAUGGGGCAGCCGCUUUCCUCCGUGUGGCUUCAACUCAUCAUCAGGGUCAGUAGCAGAACUUUCCCCACCCACCCCCACUUAAGUAUACAAAACUCAAAGUCCAUUUCUGUAAGAUUAGUAUCCAGCAAAAUAACAUAUUUUUUGCAGAUUUUUUUGCUCCGUACAGGCCAUUUUCCCUAGUGCAGUUAGUCAGUCUCAUACUCUGCUUUAUAAUGUACCAGGAUGAAACCUAAGCUGUCCAUAGUCGCCUGUGUUUUUGUAUCCUGGAUGCAAAUUUACUAUGGAAUGCUGGAGAUAAUGUCAAGGUUUAAGGAUGGAUUUGUUCUAGUGAUUAACACCCAUGCCAAAUAUUUGCAUGGUCUCCUUACUGUUCUGCUGUAUACACCACCAUCCCGAAAGGGCUCAGCCCUGCCAGUCCAAUGCUAGCCUUAUUUGGAGUAGACUGAUUGAAAUUAAUGAACAUGACUAACUUAGGCCCAUUGUUUUUAAUGGAUCUUAAUUGGAUAUAUUCCAAACUUUUUCGGUGGGGGUGUAUUUCUGGCCCAGUUUCUCUGGAGACCCUUGUCAUCUGCUUUCAUCUUUCAACUUUGAGAGUUACUGGAAAGAACAAAUUGGUCUUGCAUUCUUGUGCAUGUUCAUAUUAAGAGUUUUCUUCUUUCAAUCACUAUUUCUCUCAAAACUUCUAGAGCCAUUGUUUGGCCUCCUUGCUCCUUUGCCCUUUCACCCCAACCAGUCAGCUGGCUCCAAAGCUUCCAGAUGGAUUUAUUUCACUGCAAGAUUAGAUUACGUAUCCAAAGGCCAGAGUUGUGAUCUGGAAGCUCAGGUGACAUCUGAGGGACUUAUGAACCAGGAGAGGAAGUGUUUCUUGAUGUAUCCGAUGAGGUUGAUGUCCUCCUUUAAAUGCUUCCUCCAUUGCUUCAUAAGUUAAGAUGGCAUUCAGGCUGUGCUGAGCAGGGCUGCAGGGUCCCUUUUAAGGCUUGCAGCUUGGGGACUUCUUUCAGAUCUGGCUCUUAACUGUGCAUUAAUCCAUUGUUUCUCAAACUUGGGUCCCCAGCUCUUGUUGGGACUACAACUCCCAUCAUCCAUGACCGCUUGGUCCUGCUAGCUAUGGAUGAUGGGAGUUGUAGUCUGGCAACAGCUGGGGACCCACGUUUGACAAACGCAGUGUUAAUCAUACACUCUGAAUAGAAUUUCAGACCUUGAAAUCCUUUCUACCAACACUUCAGCAGGAAACCUAAAGUGAUGCGUUGCUACCCCCUUGUGGUAAAUCCUAUGCAUCACAGUAGCUAACUCACGACAGAAUUGGUAAAAAAACCAAAACCCAACACCUGUAUCUUAAAAAUGAAAUACAAUACUUGGCUCACAAAUGCUGUUCUGCUGUGACAAUCUGAUGGUCCAUAAAGGACAUCAUGUGUGCUGAACCCAAACCAUAACCCAGCAAAGGCCAUAUCGAGAGUAUUUUCUCUUCUAUAGCCCUGCUCUUGUUUCAGUUUCUAUGCUCUGUAAGAUAGUGCCAGAAAAGCUGCUCUGUAGAUGGACCUGUUGUUUAACAGGAAGUUGAUUAAGAUGGUGCAUGUUUUUCUUCUCCUUAUAAUAAUAGGAGGUUCUGUUUUCCCAGAAAUGGGACAUGGGCUGGGUUAAUUAGUCGGAAUUGCUUAACUUGAAGAACGUGUGUUAGUUAAAGCUGUGUAUUUUGAGAUUGGCUAGAUGUGUCUCACUGCUGGCAGUGGAAUAACUGGUCUCCCUGAAUUGUAGCUUUUCAUAGUAGACCCUGGGUAGACUCCUCUUGCAUGUUAGAUCAGAUGCACAGUCUAAUUUGUUAUGCUGUCUGCCAUCUGUAAUAAUUUAAAGUGAUGAUGGGAAAAGAGCCAACAUUUCCUGUAGCAGUAAGGUGUGCAAAUUUCAUUUAGCCCAGAGGGGAGAAGUUCACAUUUCUUACAGGACGUCGUUAGAAAGUGUACUGUACUCUCCACAACCUCCAGUUGGCAGCGGGGAGUUGGAGAGGGGGAAAGUUUGUCAUAAUUCCCUUUCUCUGCGGUUUUCGUUUCAGGUUGAUGAGUGGAGUUAAAAACAACGUUGGAAGAGGGAUUAAUAUAGCUCUUGUCAAUGGUAAGUGACUGGUUUGGGGUUUUUAAACCGUAUCAGCAUUCUUAUAUUAACGUUCCAAUUAUUUCCAGGCAAGUAGUAAGGAAGCCUGAAUGUUGGCACGGAGAAUUAAUCAUAAUAGAAGGCAAAUUUCACAUUUGGAAUGACUGGAUCUAGCUGCAAAUGAACAGUCAGUGGUAACUUUCAAAAGUGGCUAGCGUGAUCUGCAACUAAAUGUUGCAGCAUAGAGUGGUCCUAUUCAGGGUCCUUCCAGAAUAAUUCCCUUCCACUCCCCCACCAUCAUUCCCUCCCCUGCUUUCCCCACAGAACAUGCCCAGUUCUCAUUUUUUUUUGGGGGGGGGAGGUUAUGCUACUGAUAACCUCCCUUUUUUGUGUGUGGAUGGCACCAUUUUGCCAACAUACAGAUCUACACUUGGAAAAAGAGUGUUUUUGUAUUGACUAUUUCCUUGAGAUGAAAAAUACAAGGUCUGGCUGGCGCUGGUUCUCGCUUUGUUAACUGAAAGGUUUUAUUCGCUCCUUCCUUCAUGGCAGCCGACAGCACUGAAACAAAAUCACAGUAAAACUUAUAAAAAUUGAUUGGAUCCUAGUACGCGCUUGCCUUUUUGUACUUGUUGAAGUCAUUAGAAGUAAUUCCAGAAAGAGGUUGCUGCCAUCACCCUUUGCAAAAACCUUAAUAACUUGGGUGACUCUGAGCUGAACUGUUGCCCGUUGCUUCCUAGGAUGUUGUCCUCUAGCAGUCCAGCCCCAAAUGGGCAGAGUUUGGGGGGUAUUCCUGCUAAUUACCUACUUCUUAAAACCUUCAUGAAACUCUAAAACAGUUCUGGUUGUGGAUUUUCGUAGUCUACACGGUGAUUUUGGUUUGCUAAUGAAACUGUUGGCCAAUAGGAGUUCACAUUUCUGUCCCCAAACAUAAUCUAAUCUUUGUGUGUACACUGUGAUUAAAUCCAGCACUGCAUCCCUGUUGUAAGCAGACCACCCUGAUAACUUUAUUAAAAAUCUUUACAAAAUGACAACUUGCAUCUGUCAGUAUUAUAUUUUUUUAAAGAAAAAACAACUAAUUUGGAGGACAACUUCAGUGGAGGAGGACAUUAGCCGAAAGCUUAGCCAAAGUUGUGUGUAAUGGCUUUUAACAUUCUGAUAAUCACUAGCUUUAAAAAUGUGGAAAUCACUCGUGGCCUCUGCUGGUGAUGGCUAAAGUCAAGCAGUGGCCAAAGAUGGAGGCAGAUUCUGCUGCUGGUUGGCAGCUGUGUUAAAAGCCCACAUUGCUUUGUUAUAAGCACAACAGUGCAGUGCCUUUUGAAGGGGCUGUUUGCAGCUUCCAUGUGAGCAAAAUCUGUUCACUUUAUCUGUAGCAAUUUUUGAGCGUGCUAUUCCGUUAAACUUACUUAUUAAUCCUUUUCUAGGCAAAACAGGUAGCAUGGUGGAUACAAAAUUCUUUGACAUGUGGGGUGGAGGUAAGUGCUGGAAUACUUGCUUCUUAUAUUAAAAAAUCAGUAUAAAAUGAAAGUAGUUGAGUUUUCCCACUCAGAUGUUGAAAGAAGAACUUUGAAUUGAAAAUUGCAUUUUGAUUUAAAAAUAAUAAUAAUCUCAGAAUCUAGACAUUUGAAACUUGUUGGCAUUGCUAGGUUGUUUGCAGACCUGAAAUAUAAAAUCUCCCAUCAGCUAUCAAAUACGUUAUAUGCUGGCAGGUGUGUGAGCGAAACUGAAUGAUCUCUGCGUUUUUAGCUUGUGCAGAUUGCUGAAUAGGGAGCUGGACAUUUAAUUGGAUUGAUUCAUUUAAUGGCAUGAUUGAUUGAUUGAUUGAUUGAUGGGUGGGGAAGAAUGAGUUGAUUUGCUUCAUUGCGAAUCAGGUUUGUUUGUUUGUUAAAAUGUGAAAUUUACACUUUUUAGCUUAUUUUCAUUUUUAAUUAUUUUGCUUCCUGAUCUUUAGAGGAUCCUUGGAUUUAGCCCUUUACAAUGGAUUUUCCUUGCAUUUUUUUCGCAGCUGAUUUUUAUGUGGCAGUGUUGAUUUUGCUACUGACGAGGAUGUUCUAUUUAGUUAAGUUUUUUAGAACGUAGAAAUUGUCUCUUUUUUGUUUCGGUAUUAUUUGCUGUUUAUUUGAGAUGUCUUAACCGAUGUUGUAAACCGCUUAAGAGUUUUGUUUAACUACGAGCGGUAUAUAAAUGGUCCAACAACAUCCAUGCUUCUGAAAUCCACACAGCAAAAGGCUGGGUGUGUUACGGGGGUACUCUCAGCCCACAGCGGGAAAUGGAAAGAACUAGAAUGGAGUGUGCACCUAGAAAGUGCACCCAGAAGAUCACAGCUGGGGAACCUGUGUCCCUCCAGAUGUUGUUGAACUACACCUCUCUACUUUUGGCUGGGGCCAAUGGGGUUCCAGCAACAUCUGGAUGCUACAUGUUCAUCACUACGGUAGCUACAGUAGGAUUUUUGUAAUUGGCGUGCAGGAGUUCCAUAGUAGACAAAUAAAUGCGGAUAGCAUUCCCCGGUUGCAGGAAGUUAAAAACAUUAGCAUAUACCAUUGCAUAUUGGCUGUCAUUAUCAUCAAAUGCUAAACACCAUGGCAUGUCACCUAUCACUACUGUGAAACGCCAGAAAUAGAAAUUUUGAGCAGUCUGCAAAUACAUGGCAUCGAAAUUUUGCAAAGAACAUUCAGAGGUAAUUCUUAAACAUAAAUUAGUUUGGGCUCUUAAUCCCAGCAACAUUGCUAUUUUCCAUCGCAUAACUUCUUUGAAAGGAAGUCCAAUGUAGAAAUUUUAGCACUGCAUGCGAUUGUGACUGUGUUGUGCUAAACUUCUGUUUCAUUUAGAUGUCGCCCCGCUUAUUGACUUUCUGAAGACCAUUAAAGAUGGAACAAUCGUAUUAAUGGCAACCUACGAUGAUGGCGCAACUAAGUAAGCAGUUGCUAAGACCACCCAAAAAAAGAGGGUUGUUUACACAUAGGGAAUCAGUCAUAUGGCUAAGGACUAAGGCAGCAAUGUCUUGUCAGUUGCUGUAGUAGCAGUGGAGGACACCAUUUCUCCAAAUGUUUGACACUCCUAAGGCCAUUUCCACAAUCUGUAGGAGGCGGCUGAGCCUAAGCAUUUGUGGGGAGGAGAGGAUACACUUUGCCAAAGCAUGAGAUCAAGGUAGUGGGGUAGGAGAGCAGGAAAAAUAAUAACCACAUUUUGCAACCAAUGCAAAUUCAUGUAUUGCAGGGGGUUGGACUAGAUGACCCACAUGGUCUGAAAAGUCUGAAAAGCCCGGGACCCAAAUUUUCAUGCUAUGGUGACUCAUUUACCAGUAACGUAUUUAGCAUUAACUCUGGAAGUGUACAUUUGAUUCUGACCAAACUCAGCCUCCUGUUGUAUACUGUUCUCCAAUGACAGGUGUGGGCCUGGUAGUUGUGGUUUUGAGAAAAGGACCUUGUGGAUCUAAUUAGGUCCGUGGCCUGAUCUAGCUAUAUAAUCAAGCAAAAUGACUAGGAAAAUGCAUGAGAACUUCAAUGCAUUUGCCCUUGAAUAGGCUAUGCUUCUGAAGUUUACAGCUGGGAGCAAGGAGAAGGGGUAGUGGCCCGAGAGAGGCUAGGAUAAUUACCGUAUAUACUCGAGUAUAAGCAGACCCGAAUAUAAGCUGAGGCACCUAAUUUUACCACAAAAAACUGGGAAAACGUAUUGACUUGAGUAUAAGCCGGUUCACCACACCACAAACCUGGUGGUGGCGGCAGCGGAGGAGGAAGGAGCAGCCCGAAAGGACACUCUCUCGAGUAUAAGCCGAGGGGGGCUUUUUCAGCAUAAAAAAUGUGCUGAAAAAGUCAGCUUAUACUCGAGUAUAUACGGUAGAUGAAAUACAUAUUUUUCUUCAAUGGCCAUGGAAGUUUAUCUUAAAGCAUUGGCAUCCAAUAGCAUCCAUCUGUAUCAAAGUGAAGGCAUCACUGGACUUGAAUUGUACCGUUUUGCCCAAGUAAACACAACUCGAAUGGCACACAAAUCAGAAUGGUUAUUUGAAUCAGUUGCGUAGAUCGCAGACAGCCAGUGUUACCCCCCAGAGAUUGCUGCUGUCAUCAUCGCUGACAUCUUGUCAUGCUAGUUGUGGCAGAUGAAAGUUGCGCACUCAGAAGCCAACCCAUUGGCAACCCAUGGUUUAGACAGCCAGGACCUUAUCAGUUCAUUUGUAUAUUAAUCCUUUUGAAUCUUUUCCAAGGCUCAACGAAGAAUCGCGGAAACUAAUAUCUGAACUAGGAAGCACAUCCAUCACGAACCUUGGCUUCAGAGACAACUGGGUCUUCUGCGGCGGGAAAGGAAUCAAGACUAAAAGCCCAUUUGAACAGGUUUGUUCUCAGGUUAACGUUUGGAAGCGCCAUGUGGAGUCCAAGACUCACAGCUGACGUACCUUGGCCUCCGCAGGCAGCAGAAUGAACGUGCUUGUAGAAUCCUGAGAUGAUAGGAAGGACUGCACUGCUUCAGACUGCAGGCAGAGGAUGCCCAUUUUAAUGUUUCUGCACAUUAAACCAACCAACCUUCCUGUAACUAGAAAUCCAGCACUUUAAGAGAGAGAAGUUUCAGCUUUGCAGCCUUUCUGUUUGCAGGAAGUGUUUAAUAUAGGGAAACACUGAGUGGUUUCCACCUGCAGAAUGAAAUGCUGUCUCCUGUUCUGCCAUCCCAGCAUUUUAAACACCUUACUCUGCUGCAAGAAGUCUCAGUAAUACCUUUUGCCGCAAUCCAAAAGCACAUUGAAUUUCCACCGUUCACCCUGCGAGGGAAGUUGGAACUUGCCGUUUCUGUAACAGAUACAGGAACAUCUCAGAUAACACUCACGGUUUUUGCAUUUCCUAGAUCAUAUCUGCGGGCUCUGAAAAUUAGCUUCAGAGCACAUUCCUCUUCUUCUGUAUUGCAGAGCUGUAGAAAUGUAUGCAAACUUGCAACUGCUGUUAUAACAUCUGCGUUGAUUUGAAUUUUCCCUUUCAUUUGGUGCAAUUGGAACGUUUAAUUCAGUUCUGUUACACACAAGUUUCCAAAAGCCUCUACCUUUCAUGUUUCAGGCACAUCAGCAAGUUAAAGUGUUUGCUCCACAAUUGCUUCCUUAUCGUUUUUUUAAAAAACAAAAUGGAAGGCUAGAAUAUAGAUUUUAAAAAUAAAUGUUUAGCCUUUGACCAAGGAUAGCUUAACUAGGUAUCUUACCGUCUUAAUAGCUCACUUCCAGACAUGUUGGGGCUAUUCUACAGGAAGUAGAGUAAGCCUUAUUAUACAAAUUGUGACAUACGUGGUUAUGUAUAUAUAUAUUUGCAAGAUCACAGUAGAUGAAAGGAGACGAUGUAAAAAAGUUUUUAUUUCGUAAAUGUAUGGGGUCUCUUGCUGGAAGCCAGUAAUCGCUUUAGUAUUUUGACUGUUCCAAUUGUCCUCCACCCCCCAUUUGCAGCAUAUUAAGAACAACAAAGACACAAACAAGUAUGAAGGAUGGCCAGAGGUCGUGGAGAUGGAAGGCUGCAUUCCACAGAAGCUGGACUGAAGGCAUCGUCAAAUGGACAUUUACAGUGCAAAAGGACAUUGGAGGGAAAAUGCACUUUCUGCUGCUGUUGGGUAGAGAAUACUUUGUAUGGAGGAAGAAGAAUUACUAUGUAUGGGCACAUCCCAUCCAGGCUAGUAUCUCGCUCAAGGCCCAUAAAAAUGAAUGGGAGCUGAGCAAAUGAGCAUGGUGAAUCGCGCAGUUCAUUUUUAAAUGGGGCUUGUGCAGGGAUUUAUCCGGCCAGAUUGUGCCCCAUGUAAAUACUCUCCAAGCAUGUUUCCACCUUAGAAUGUGCAUGGGCAUUGACAUUUUUGAAAAUCCGAUUUAUUUAUUGUCAAAACGGAGAACCUUCUUUUGGUGUAAAUGUGUACAUAGGCCCAGACCGAGGAAAUUGCUCUUUCUAAGCAUCUUCCUCCUAUCCUUACUUGCUUUUCUUUUACUCCCCCCCCCCCCCAAAGCACAAUGUUCAGGUUAUUUUAUGGUAAAUCUCUUUUAGAACUACCAGCAUAGGCCAUUAAAUGUACCCAAUAAAUAACUGAACUGAUCCUGAGCUAUGUUGUAAUUUGCUCAAACAAUGGUGACGUUGGCUGCAAGUGCAUAUCUAGUGGGAUAUGCCAACCUUAGCCAAAAAUGCGAACUCACAUUUAUGCUCUGCCUCUUUGAAACCCGCAUUCUUCUGUGAUCCCUCCUCCUUUUCAAACCUUCAGAUAGGUGAAGGUUGAGUGUUGAAUACAAAAUUGUAGGCUGCUAUAAGAAGCACAAUUAAACCCUUUUAAAAUGAAAACCAAUGUUAUAUCAUUGCGUUCGUUGCUAUUGUUAGAUUAUCUGUGGCCCAUGCUUCUGGUUAGCAAAACGUACUGCUAAUAGAGCAGGAUAAUGUAGUUGCUUUGUGUCUGUGUGUGUUCAGCUAGACAUCUUUUAAAGUUCUAUAAACCACCAACCACGCCAAUUGCUUAAGAUAGUAUUGGAGAGAAACCCACCAUUGGCAGUUAGUGUUAUUCUGGAAGCAAGCAAUUGCAUGUUAAAAAGUAGACUUAAUUUCUAUUAGGAAUUAAACUCCGCACGCAUCAGCUAAUCUGGGCAGUUUUGCUACCUAUCCUACAAGUAAAAAAUUGAGGAAAGGGGUUGAAUAUUUUGGGGAAGGGAACUCUUACGGAGCACAUCUAUAUUAUAGGACUGAAAAUGUUGCCAAUUGAAUAUCCCGUUUUAACGAUAGGGUUUAAAAGGGCAGACCACAUCUUUAAGGAUAUUUGAUGUUCGUUUAUGGGGCAUUUCAUCACCCCCUGGCAGGUGUGUGCAUCCUAUCGGUACUGAUGGUUUGGAAAAUCCAUGUGCCACAUUUUUUGCUACUAGGCUCUAAAGGGCUCUACAUGCACAGUGCACACCUCUGGCAAUCGCUGGAAUCAACAGAGUGUUUGUCCCCCCCACAAAAAAAAUCCCAUUCCUUCUCUUCCUGCUGCCCGCCCCCCCCCCCCAAAAAGCACCUCCAGGAAGCAGAAAGACAAGCUUCUUCCACAACUUGCUGGUACUUGGUGAGAAUUGUGGGCCCAGUGUUCCUAUAAGUGACUCAGGCCAUUUGGGUUCUGCUUUGUAGUGGGGGGGGCGGGCUGCAGUGGUGCUAAUUUCUCCAGUCCUCCACUGGGGUUCCAAUUUGGGUGGGGUUUUUUUAGACUUGUACACAACUCAGAGGCAGUGAACCUGCAGCCCUUCAGAUGCAAUUCAGCUACAACUACCGUCCCGUCCCCCCACUGGUCUUAGAGACCUUAUCAAAGUGUAAUAUAAUUUUGAUGGUGUGUUUGCUGUAGGGGAGCAAGUUAUAUUUCUGUGUACAGUCUUGUCAAGUCUGCGCUGUGUUGGCAGAUAGGGUUAGCCAACCUUCCCCGCCCCGACAGUAGGAGCAUUUUAAAACCAAGCAGUUGACUUGGUUACUGAGAGUUGCAGUUGGACUAAUCAAAUAUUGUUUGCACUAAAGAUAUUAAAGCAAUACUGAUAAUUAUGGCUUAAAAAUAGUUCAGAAGAGCCACCCAACUUUCCAAACUAAGAGCUGGUGACUGGAAUCUGAGCUGCUUUACUGUUUUAACCUGUUCAUACCAUGUUUUUUCUCCCUUCUUCUUAGCAAUUUACUGUAGUCUAGCAAUAAAAUGCACCCUCAACAGUCAAGGCAAUUAUUUGUAAAUACCAUGCAGAUUUGUUGUUCAUGUUCAGAAGAAAUAAAACCACAUUUCCGAGUAUUAUAUUUUUUCAUCAAAUAAAGUUUUUAAAACCCACGACCAAAA